AUGCGUUACACCAUCUUGACCACCUUUGCUCUCGCUCUCCUUACUGGAAAUGCUUUGACAGCUCCCACUCCCCAGGGUGGUAAUGGCGCUAUCGGGGGCGGAAAUGGCAGAGGUGCCGGCACUGGUGCUGGCAAUAAUAACCAGCAACCUCCUCCCCCUCCCCAGAACAACAACAACAACCAGCAGCAACCUCCUCCCAUCAACAAUAACAACAAUGACAAUAAUGCAAAUGCCAAUGUGGGAGCCGGUGGCGUUGGGCGCAACACAGACGGAGCCAACGGCAACAAUAAUGCAAAUGCCAACAACCAGAACAACAUUAAUAACGACAACAAUGGGAAUAAUGGUAACUUUGCCCGGGCUAUUAUUCCCAACCAGCAACCGCCUCCCCCACCCAACGGCAACAACCCUCCUCCUCCCAGACCUAACAAUGCUCGGGCUAUCAGUCCUAACCAGCAGCCGCCUCCUCCGCCUAAUAACAACAACCCUCCUCCUCCUAGGCCUAACAAUGCUAGGGCUAUCAGUCCUAACCAGCAAUCGCCUCCCCCACCCAACGGCAACAACCGCCCCCCUCCUCCUCCCGCCAAUUAG